AUGAAUCAAGUUGAACAACUAUUAGAAGAAGAGAAUAACUUCUCUAGUACAAAAACAACAACAUCAACAUUAGUAAAGGCUUUACCAUGGAUAGUUCAAUUAGAGAUAAUUUAUAUGGUGUGUAGAUACAGUACAGUAGGAGGAGGUAGUUAUGCUAGAUCGAGCACUACUACUACUAUAUUACCAAAGGAUGUGUUUGGUAUUGGAGGAGUGUGUAGAAAGUGGAGAGAGGCAGUUAGAAACUCAUUGUUGGUACCGUUCAAGUUGGAUUUCAACACAUCGUUGAAAGAAAAACAGAUACAUUUAAAGAACCCUUGGUGUCUAAUCAACAACAUUAAAGUGGAACUAACGUUAUACAAAUCGAUACGAGGAAAAGAUAUAUCAGAUGAAAACAUGAAUUACUUGUACAACGAUAUCGAUGGUGAUAGUGUAAAGAACCGUAAAAUCUUUCAAGAGUACAUUGCAGACAAGGUGUACGAGAUUGGUAUAUGGGCCAAUUACACAGAUGAAAAGUGGAUGCUACUAAUCGAGGAGGAAGAUGACGACACACCUCCUCGCAUAGUAUGGCCUGCUCUACGAAAGAUGAAGUUUCAUAGAUACGAUCAUCCUAUCAACAACUCAUCCUUGUUUGAUCGAUUGACCAAACUGUCUAUAGUAUUUUACGAUAUGUCUGCUAAAGUGAUUAGUCAGACCAUUGCACAAUGCACAUGUCUUGAAAACUUGGAGAUAUCUAUUUCCAAGUGUAAUUGGGUCAGAGGAAGAGGAGAAGUUGAUUCAUCUGUCACCAGCGAUCUUGAAAUGGUUGUAUCAAGUCUGCCACGCAAUACACUUUACAAACUCAAGUGGGGAGAAUUGACAGUGGAUGGGACGAGUCGGUUUGGAAUGCAAUACUCAUUCCCAUUUCACUUGCUACCCGACUCUAUACGUGACUUUGCAAUGGUGGACAAGUCGAUACUUGUAUCUACACAGUAUCACCAAUACAUUCUAUCGAGUAAAGUGAAUAGACUAGUUCACACUGAGAUCACUGACAAGGACACUGUUACAUUUUUGGCGUCACACGAGUCACCAGUCAAAUCACUCACACUGAUAUUGUAUCAGGAUCCACCCACACGACCUUUUUGUCAGACUGCAUUGGUACCACCCCAACUCGAGUGUUUACACUUGAAAAUCAUCAAUUAUUUGGGUAUAGCAUCGAUGAUUGUCAAGAGUAUUCUUGUGCACAGUGGUCCUUUGCCAAAACUGACAACCAUGUUGUUUGACACUUAUAUGACCGAUACGCUAUGCCAUAUAACUAGCUUUAUCAAGAAUAGUAAAUCAAUACGUACAAUCAAGUAUAAUGGACGAAUGAACGAUGAUCAAACACUUGGAGAUGACCAUGAAAUAGGUGCAUUCUUUGCAGCUAUCGAAACUAGUCCAUCCAUUGAACAGGUCAUCCUGAUGAAUGUCAGCUCUCUUGCAACCAAAUCUUUCAAAGAACAAUUGGAAUUACUUUACAUCAAUAAUAAUAAUAAUAAUAAUAAUAAUAAUAAUAAUAAUAAUAAUCUGGUAAUAUCACAAAAAUGUGGAUUAACAAUUUUAACAAAUACAAUUAAUUGUCAAUUAGAUUUAUCAUCUUUUGAUUCAAUUAAAUUUGAUGAAAACAAAUAA